AGAGAAUCAUAUUACUAUAAAAAGCGUGAGUUUAUCAAAAUGAUGAAGAGGAAAAACAAAGAACAUGGCGACUGAAGAGAUCAAAACUAUGCACGUCGUGAUGUUUCCAUGGCUUGCGAUGGGUCAUCUUCUUCCUUUCCUUCGCCUUUCCAAGCUCUUAGCUCGUAAAGGCCACAGAAUCUCCUUUGUCUCGACGCCGAGAAAUAUCUCUAGACUUCCCAAAUUGCCUCCAGAUCUUACCACCAUGAUUACCUUUGUUCCCUUCACUCUUCCUCCUGUCUCGGGUUUGCCUCUCGACGCCGAAUCCUCCAUGGACGUGCCUUACAACACACAACAGCGCCUCAAAGCGGCUUUCGAUCUCCUCCAAAUUCCCGUCACGGAGUUUCUCCGGCGAUCUUCACCGGAGUGGGUUGUCUACGAUUACGCUUCUCAUUGGCUUCCUAAAAUCGCGGCGGAGAUCGGCGUCUCCAAGGCGUACUUCAGCAUCUUCAACGCCGCCUCCAUGUGCUUCUUUGGUCCGCCGGAAGAGCUGAUAGCAGAUUCCAGAACUUCGCCGGAGGAUUUCACGGUGGUUCCCACGUGGGUCCCGUUCGAAUCGGACAUCGCGUUUCGGAUCCAUGAGAUUACGAAGUAUGUGGAGAAGACGGAGGAGGACGAGACCGGAGUCUCCGACGCGGUCCGAUUCGGAUACUCGAUCGGAGAGAGCGACGCGGUGCUUGUACGGAGCUGUCCCGAGUUCGAACCCGAGUGGUUCGGUCUGCUCCUCGACCUGUACGGAAAACCGGUGGUGCCCACUGGAUUUUUGCCGCUGGUGAUGGAAGAGGAAGUCUUCGUCGAGAACAACGACGAAGACACCACUUGGAUUGGUAUAAAGAAGUGGCUCGACGAGCAGCGAGUCAACUCGGUGGUGUAUGUGGCCCUGGGGACAGAGGCGAGAGUAACUCGAAAAGAACUCGGCGAGAUGGCUCUUGGGUUGGAGAAAUCUGCGUUGCCUUUCUUUUGGGUACUGAGGAACGAGUCGAAGCUGCCAGACGGGUACAUGGAGCGAGUCAAGGGACGAGGCUUGGUCCAUUUUGGGUGGGUUCCACAGGUUAAGAUACUGAGUCACGACUCAGUAGGUGGCUUUGUGACUCACUGCGGUUGGAGCUCGGUGAUCGAAGGGCUAGGACUCGGACGAGUUCCAAUUCUCUUUCCUGUGGUGAACGACCAAGGCCUCAACGCGAGGCUAUUGCAGGGGAAGGGACUCGGCGUUGAGAUACCGAGGGAUGAGAGAGACGGGUCCUUCAGUUGUGACUCAGUGGCUGACUCGAUUCGAUCGGCGAUGGCGGAUGAGAGUGAUGAGCCAGUGAGGGCGAAGGUGAAGGAGAUGAAGAGCUUGUUUGGGAACAAGGAUACAGAUAUGCGCCACGUGGAUGAGCUUGUCCGUUAUUUGAGCGAUAAAGCGCGAUAACGUGGAUGAGAUAAAUAUGCACGUCACAAUAAUGAAUAUGGUGAUAGUUUAACAUAAUUAGACUCAUCUAAAUUAUGAUGUUUUAGUAAAAACUUUGAUACAUAUGUGCGAAAAUAAAUUCUAAAUAAAAAAUAUAUCAAUAGCCAUUGAA